AGCAUAAAAGACAGAUUAGACCUCGCGUCUACGUCCAUGGUUAAAGCAAUAGCAGGUGCUGUAACUUUUCUCGGAGGCAGGUGAAGUCUUGAUUGCAAUGAGCGCCAAUUGAAGAGGCAGAUAUUUGUGUUAUUUGUUCAUCUUCUUAUUGUCAAUGGUCGAGCCUCAGUGUGUGCGACCGUAGAUGAAGAAGCGAACUCAUGUUGCUUGUGCGGGGUUUGGUCCUUUAUUGGCCCGCAGGUUUGGCUAGUUGCAGCUCGGUGUUAUAUGUUAGCGCGCAUUUUGUCAGUUGUAAUUGAAUACGGUUACUUGAAUCACCGAGUAUGACGCUCAAUUUUCUGCUUUUAUGGAUGGCAGAUCUGCUCAAACAAACCUGUAAGUAGUUUCACAGAUUCAUACAAUAUAAGUGGAAAGAAUUCUGCAUUUUGUUAUCAGUGAAAAUUCCACUUUUGUUCAUCAGAUAUCAUUUAAAAUUCUCCGUCGAUCAGUGCAAAGUUCUUAGAACACACGAAUUUGAAAGUUGAUGGGAAAUUCAUGUGAAAUGUUCUGUAUGCGAUGAAUUUCAAAACUUACCGCUAUUUUUGAGAAUACAUUCUGAACAUUUUGUAACUACUGUGUACUCAGCCUGACUCACAUGUGUUGAUUUUUACCUCUAGCAGAACGUAACCAUUUUUAAUAGGUAAAAUUUUAUGGUGCUUUCUUUCGUCAACAUUAUUUUAAUCCUGCAAAAAUGCCUGAAUAAGUUACUUUCGGGUAAAUAGUUCUUGAAACAAAGUUGUUUACAGCCAGUUCAGUAAUAUGAAAAAUUCAUCUUACAUAAUUGAAGGUUUUAUCUAUGCGUUCAUUGUGUUGUUUGGAAAUUGGAUUUAAGCAUUGGUUGUAUAAAGCUUAUCAAGUUUAAGUAGAUAAGGUUAUUUCUGCACAGCAUCAAGGACAAAGAUGCAUUGAGCUGCUGGUCAUUUCCAAGCUGAUAUUUAAUGAACAGUUACACCGGCCCCGUCAAAAGAAAGUUGGAUGACAUUGUUUGGCUGUGUUGUUGUACGGGACAAAUGUUUAAAAUUAUGUCAAGUUGCUCAAGUUGUGCAGGUCAACAAAGAACGAGCCUGGAUCUCAGCUCUGCAUUAAGUCAGUCAUUGGAUCUGUAUUUUUGCAUCCUAAACUGUCAAAAUUAUGCAAUACUGAGAGUGCAGUUUAAUAAAUAACAGAGUUAUUGAAAUGCAUUUCUAGGGGCUGUAUGAAUCAGGAUGAAAAUUCCUCCUGUUGCAUCUUAAUUGGUGUUUGUUUGUUCCACUUUGAACAACAAGUUCUGCACUUCCUAAAGUAGAGCACUUGUUGCAAUUGAUGGAACAUAUAAUUACUCCUGCAUGUCACCAUGGAAGAGCCUACCCUCCGAACUUUAUGACAUCUGUCAUGUUAUCAAUGCCUUUUAUCAGUGUCUUGUCAACAACUUGUCCCACUGUUAUCAGAUAAAUCCUCCUGAUAGAUUGUUUGUUAUGCUCUCCUGGCAUGAGAUUAAUUCUUUUGUAAACAAGUCUUUUCUUUCCUAUCUGUUCUAACCUGACCAGAAUUAAUAAGGGUUCCUGUUUCUUUUUAAAUUUUUUUUCUAAAUAUUCAGUAAUUUGAUUAAAAUGAGCCAAUGUUGCGACUGUAAAAUGCUAGAAAAGAGCCUGCAAAACUGUCACAUAUUGUACCAAGUAAAAAGUUUCUGUUCCACGACGUGUUUCCUGUUGAAAUUAAAUUGUUGCUUCUCCAAUAAAAAUGUCAAUAAAUGCUAGAAGACAACGCAACAUGUUUGCAUGAUGGCCUGACUCAUGGGCUCCCUGUCUGUGGCUAAUGACCUCGUUUCAGGCAACCUCUUCAGGGGUCCAGUCUUAAAUCUGGACAGAUACCACAAGAUAACCUAAUAUUGAGACAGGCGACCAGGAUCCCUCUAUCUAAAAAUGACCCCAUUAUUAAAUAACCCCCUCAAAUACUCCCACCGCUCUCAUCAAGGGUGGACGUAUUGCACAGAAGCAAAAUUAUUUGCCCACACCCCUCGGUCGACUUUGAAGGUGCCAAAGUUUCAUCAGUUUCUUGGUGAAAGUUGGUCAGCCAGUCCUCGUCUUUUGGCAACCAAUAUUUUCCUCGUGUAAAUGCCGUGAUCUUGCGGAAAACGGUGCAGAUCUUGGUAACAUUUUCUCCCCUCUACACCAUGCACCUGUUCGUAGCGACCUUGAUGUUGCCACUAUUUGUGGCAGGAUCACUGGGUCAAACCACCUUGGCACCGUGCCAAUCCAACGAGAGACGGUGUGAUGACAUGACCUGCCUGGCCAGAGACAAAUUCUGUGAUUUCCGCGAGGACUGCCCGGAUGCAUCUGAUGAGCUAAUGUGCCCGAGGACGUGCAGCUUCGAGGACGGCCUGUGUUACUGGACCCAGGACGCUGCAGAUGACUUUGAUUGGAGCACGCGUGUGGGGGGACAGGACCCCAGCGACAGCUUCCAGGGACCCAGGGUGGACCACACACUGGACAGCUUCACUGGACAUUAUUUGUAUGUUGAUGGUUCCAUCUCGCCGGGGAUGAACACCCGUGCCCGGCUCAUCAGUCCCACGUUCGCCCUCUGCGGCCGCACCUGCAAGAUCAGCCUCUGGUACUACAUCUUCGGCGUCGAGUUUGGCGACCUGGAGGUCAUCAUCCGCACCGCCGCCGCUGCCGGCGAACGGAAGCUGUUGAAGCUGAGCGACGACGUCAGCGACAAGAACAUGUGGAUCUAUGAGGACUUUGCCGUGGACUCCUGCGCUUCAAAUUUCCAGAUAAUCAUAGACGCAGAGGACAAGCAGGAGAUUCCAUCGGUCGGAGGUUUUGCCAUCGAUGACAUCCGCUUCGAAGACUGCCCGCCCGCCGAGAGUAAGUUGGUCUGCGGGGUGACCGAGUCGCAGUGCUCGGCAGGCCAGUGCUACCCGACGACCCGCCGCUGCGACUUCCAAGUGGACUGCUGCGACCUGAGCGACGAGGACCGGUCGGCCUGUACUGCAGCUGGCUACUCCAUGUGUGACUUUGAGUCUGGCAUCUGUGAUGACAUGUGGUAUCAGGUUGCCGACGAUGACUUCGACUGGAGGCGACGCAACGGGGCCACGGGAUCUGCUGGCACCGGGCCAAGGACAGAUCACACCACUUACACAUCGGAAGGUUAUUACAUCUACACGGAGGCCAGUCAACCGAGAAUUAUCAACGACAAAGCCCAGUUUGCCUCUCGUCCUCUCAAGGCUGCAGCCUUGAUUGACGCCUGCUCGCUACGUUUUUUCUACCACAUGCGGGGUGACUUCAUUGGUACCCUGAAUGUCUACACUGCCACCAAAAUCAACGGUCCCAUGACCCUCAUCUGGAGCCGAGAGGGGGAGAAAGAUUACUGGUCUCGCAAGGAACUGGAACUUCAGAGCUCCUCAGAUUUCAUGAUUAUCUUUGAAGGUGUCAUUGGUCUGACAGCAGAGGGCGACAUUGCACUGGACGACAUCUCCUUAACCCCGGGCUGCGUGUGGUCAUCUGACCCCCUCCCCGUUGCCACCACACCAGCGCCAGGAACGACUGUGCCCUCCCACUGUCGGCGACGGAGUGAUUUCGCUUGUUAUGACGGCAUGACCUGCGUGGAUGAAGACAGAGUUUGUGACUUCAGACCAGACUGUCCAGAUGGAUCUGACGAAAUGACCUGCCCUAUGGCCUGUACUUUUGAGGCUGAUGCCUGUUAUUUCACUGAGACGACCCCGGAUAAUUUUGAUUGGAUGAGAGCUAGGGGUGCCGAUACCAUGGCAACACCAAAUGCGGCACCAAGAGAGGACGUAACACUAAGGACAGAUCAAGGUUUUUACAUGUACAUCGCGGCAUUCGGCACCAUCACCGAGUCGCAGCUCGCCGCGAUGUCCAGCGCGACCUACAACAGCGCCGACACCAACUGCAAGCUGUCCUUCUACUACUACAUGGCGGGAACAUUGCCAGGGGAACUCAGCCUGUACCUCGACAACCUGGUCACCGGGGAUACGGUGUUGCUAUGGCAGAAGAGGAUGUCACAGGGCGAACAGUGGCAGCAGGCUGUGGUUGGUAUAGGCCGCAGGAGGGAGCCUUUUAAGGUUCGUUUCUCCAAGGCUCGCUCGGAUCGCUACCAAGGCAAGAUCGCCAUCGAUGAAAUCUCCUUCGUGGAUUGCACUCUACCUCCCGAGGAGUCCAUCUGCCCUCCCUCCAAGCUGACCUGCGAUAACAAGGCCUGCAUCGAUGCCUCCAAAGUCUGCGACUUGGCCGACGAUUGCGGUGAUAUGUCAGACGAGAUGGACAUCCUGUGUGGUUUGAACGAUUACAAGCUGUGUGACUUUGAGACGGACCUUUGCGGCUGGGUCCAGUCAACCACCGAUGAACUGGAGUGGACAUGGUGGAACGGGACCACCCUUGAUAUCAACAGCGGACCGUCGAGGGAUCACACAUAUGGGACAAGCCUGGGUCAUUUUCUCUACUUGGAUGGGCAGUUCCUGCAUCCCUUCAAGGCCAGGGCACAGCUCUUGAGCCUCAGCUUCCAAGCCGCCCCCGACGGUUCAUGCCAGAUUCGCUUUUUCUACCAUAUGUACGGCGAAGACGUGGAUUAUCUGAACGUGUAUGCCAGUCGCUAUGCUGACACUACCGCCUUGACCGAUCCCCUGUGGUUCCGGUUCACCGAGCAGGGCAACUUCUGGCAGAGGGCAGAGAUCACACUGGCAACUUCCUACAACUUCAUGAUUGUAAUUGAAGCAACCAUUGGGGAUGGACUUAAUGGAGACAUUGCUAUUGAUGAUGUGUCGCUCACAUCUGGCUGCGUCGUGUAUAACGGUCAGCUUCCCAACACGCCCGCCGACGACCCCACCACCACUGUACCGCCCACGACCCACAACCGCCACACCGGCUGCCUCGAAGGCAUCUUCUGCGCUCCGGAGAACAAGUGCAUUCACGGGCGGCAUCUGUGCGACUUCAGGUGGGACUGCUCGGACGGGUCCGAUGAAGCGGGAUGCGUUCAGGACUGCGACUUUGAAACGGGCGUCUGCGGAUGGCAGGAAGUGCAGCCGAGGACAUUCAAAGGUCAAGCGUCGAGUGACCAACAAGGGCUUCCCAGUUUUCAAUGGGUCAGAGGUCAGCCCUUCACCCAGGAAGCGGGCGAAUCGAGGCCUGACACGGAUCACACCACAGGGACGGCACAAGGAUGGUACAUGUACGUGGACAGCUCGCCGGGCACCGUCUUCGACACCACGGAGCUCAAUUCACCAACAAUCUCCCAGACCGGAGGCAACUGUCAGAUGAAAUUCUACUACCACAUGUACGGCACAGACGUUGACACCUUCAGCAUCUUCGCCGAGGCCAACGGUUACCGCCGACCGCUGUGGUACCGCGUCGGCGGCACCAGCCAGGAUAAGUGGAGGAAGGAGCAGGUGUAUAUUGGAGCCUCGUAUAAUUUCAAGAUUAUUAUCCAGGCAAGGCGUGGUGCCAGCUUUGUCGGGGACGUGACCAUAGACGACAUCACCUUUAUUGACUGCGAACCUCCUUUGUUUGACGGAAUCCCAUGUACGGAGGACCAGUUUACCUGCAGUAACUCCCACUGCAUUGAUGCUGCGAGAGUCUGUGACUAUGGCAACGAUUGCCUGGAUUACUCGGAUGAGCUACACUGCGCCGGCUAUCCCGGGCGCUGCGACUUCUCCCUGGACAUCUGUGACUGGUUCCAAGACGACGAGGAUGACUUCGAUUGGACGCUGAGGGGUGGCAACACGAUCAAUCCGGGAACGGGCCCACUGCACGAUCACACCAACCUGAACUAUGCUAGCGGAUAUUAUAUCUACACGGAGGCACUGUACCCGAGGCAGGCUGGUGACCGUGCCAGAAUACACAGCCCCACUAUGAGCAGGAAAAGUACCAGUGAUUGCACGUUCCGGUUCUGGUACAACAUGAGGGGGAAAGACAUCGGUACUUUGGAGGUGUUUCAAGUCACGUCUUACCUUCACCCUGACGAGGUCAUCGUGAUUGAUUCGUUAACCGGAGAGCAAGGCGACUACUGGCAACUGAGAGAGGUGCCUAUCCCAAGCAGGGGCAAAGACUUUGAUAUUGUCAUAAAGGGUGUCGUUGGUGAUGGCAGCCAGAGCGAGAUAGCACUGGAUGACUUCUCCUUCACCGCGUCUUGCAUUGGGGGCGGAGUCAUGCCUGACUCCCCCUUCAACAACAGCACUGAGCAGUACUGCGCCGACGGCCGACUCAAGUGUGCCACCACCAACCAGUGCUAUGACCCGCGCAGCCGUUGCGACUUAGUAGCCGACUGCGCUGACGGCUCAGAUGAAAUUUGCGGAAACACCUGCGAUUUUGAGACGGACACCUGUGGGUGGAAGAAUUCCUACAAGGAGAAUUUGGACUGGUUGCGGGCCAGCGGGGACCAGACUGAAAACUUGAAUACGGGACCAACUGUUGACCACACCCUCGGAACAGAAUUCGGUUACUACAUGUACGUGGACACCAGCCAAGCGUCGGGCGCCAUCGGUGGCGACAACCAGGAGAAAGCUCACCUGCAGUCGCUGCCAUUCCAGCACUCGGGCGACGCCUGCACCCUGUCGCUGUGGUACCACAUGAAAGGUAGCACCAUCGGAUCACUGGGCAUCUUCCUGAAGACUGAGAGUAAAGUUACGCAGCUGUUUGCCGUCGCCGACAGCCAGGGCAAUAAAUGGCGGUCCACCGGCGACCUCGUAAUCGGUCACCAAGAGAACUUUGCGAUAGUCAUUGAAGCCGUCCGAGGUAUCACGAUAACCGGAGACAUCGCGAUCGAUGACGUCACGUUGGAGAAUUGCAGAGAUGACGACUUCUCUCGGCCCUGUACGGAUCAGGAGUUGACGUGCGGUAAUGGCCAGUGCGUCUCCCUCACCCACGUCUGCGAUUACGGCUACGACUGUGUGGACGGUGCGGAUGAACAAAACUGUGAGCCUCAGCCUGCCGACUGCAACUUUGAUGACUACCCCUUCACUACAGCCUGUGGCUGGACCCAGCUGACCAACGAUGAUUUUGAUUGGACACAGGACCGGAGCACGCCCACCACCGACACAGGUCCCAACAGUGACCACAACGCCGACGGUGGCAGUUUCCUCUUCAUCGAGGCUUCCGGUCGGAGGCAGAAUGACAUGGCAAGGGUCGCUACCCCCGUCUUCCCAGCCAGCACCAAUGUCUGCCUGAUGCGAUUCUGGUAUCACAUGAGAGGAAAAAGUGUCGGGACAUUACAGGUUUAUACAAAGUCGGCCUCAUCAGACGGUCACAUGAGUCUCAUGUGGACGGCCACCGGUGCCCAGGGAAGCGAAUGGAAUUACGGCAGCCUCUUCGUCUCCAACAACAACAACUUUUCGGUCGUCUUCCAAGGGAUCGUGGACACCACGGGGAGCUCAGACAUUGCAAUCGAUGAUGUGACAUUCCUGGAGGGAUGCGGGAAGCCAGAGGAGGCGGUUCCCAUAGAGAUCCCUAGUUCCUGUGGUUACCAGGAAGUGCUCUGCCCUGCCGACAAGGUCUGUAUCCCCACGGCAUGGCUUUGCGAUGGGGUUGUGGACUGUCCGUCAGACCUGUACGACGAACGCAGGGAUGGUUUUGUCUGCCCUGUGAAUUCAACCAAUCCUGAAGAAAACUUCAAUCCAAGUGUGAGCAGUAACACAGGCCUGAUUGUUGGCCUGACGAUACUCGCGUUAGCUAUCAUCCUGGGGUUGGUUUCCCUAACGGUGUACUUCGUGAAGUUCAGAAAAGCUACCAAAUUUGCUGAUCCACCUGUGACCUCUGGACUCGAAAAUCCCACUUACAGCGGUCAAAGAGACACAGGCCUGCCCAAUGAGACAACCAGUGGUAUUGAGUACACGGCCUCAGGGGUGGGGUUUACCAAUGUGCAGGAAGAGACAGCAUGAGGCUGAACGUCAUCACAGCAUCACCGGUCACCAUGAUUGGGACACAGUGCCUCAUUCCAAUUCUUUGCUGUGUUAUUUUCUCGAUCUUUAACUAAUAACAACCGUGUCAAUUCUUUAUAAUUUGAAUUUCCACAUAUGAUGCACUGCCAAAGAAAACCCCAGUGGACGGAUUUCCAAUGUCAUGAAGGAAAUGAGAUUUUUUUUAGGUUACCCUUUAAAUUGUUAAGGGAGCUGAUGUUUGGAAUGUUCUCCUGCAGAGACUUCCACUUUCGGUGACCAGAAAUUGAAAAGACCUUGUCCCCAGUUCUGUUGAAAUUUUUAAGUUGUUAAUUUUGACCAAGUGUUAUAUUCUUGUAGCUUUUGAAGCAAAAUUUCCACUUCGCAUUUUGGUCCAUAGUUGUUUAUACUUUCAUGGGGCUCAUAUUGUCCUGUGCUGGUGGCUAAAACCCCAAUUUAGACUUUGAGACUUGAUGAAUUAUUUAGUUACAUUUUCGUUCAUUUUAUUUCUUCUUGGACAAGUUGGAAUAUCUGAUUGGAUCGAGAUAUUCUUGCACUGUUUGGAGAGCCUCCUCACCGAACGUAUAAGGUUUCAGCUGUCAGUGCCAUUUUGUUUUGUGAAUUUGCUGGUUAUUGCUGUUUUUUCAAUGUUUCAGUAUUUCGGGAGGUAAUUGGAGUAUAGAGUGUUCAUUUUUCCUUAAUUUCUCCUGUACGUAGACUUUUGUAAGAUGUUGAAAAGAAUGUAAUCUUUUGUUCAUUUGCCGGUACCCAGAUUGUUUUAUAUUUGCAUAUUUUAGUUUUAAACAGAUGUUUAAUUGUUUAUAAAGUUAUGUACAUUUGGUCUGAUUUCUGUUGACAAAACUUUUGUUAUGUAGAUCUUCAACUUUAUGGGACCAUGCAUUGUUCGUAGCAACAUUGAAAAGUCUGUGAUUUGGCUCUUAAACAUUAUUACUUUGUAAACAGCAAGUUGUUGCGUAGUCUGGUCUUCGGUAGCCAAAUUGUCGAAAUAAACG